UCAUUCUCGCCACCCGCGCAAUUGGGUCGUUAUGCUCGCACCACAACUCACCAACGAACCAAGCAAACAGCGAACUUCUUGUCAUCGCCGUCACACACUUGCCCCUUUUCUCCCUCUAUAUAGCUCCAUCGCUCCUCCCGGAGGUUCCUCAAGAUUCAAUCGCGCGCGCUCUCGAUCUCGAUCUCGAUCUCGAUCCCACGCCAUGGGCAAGAUCCGGUCCCUCUUCCGCCGGCACCGAUCUAAGCCUCAGCCCAGCCACGCCGCCAUCCCCUCCGCCGGCGACCCCGGAAACCUCGAGCGGGUGUUCAACAAGUUCGACUCCAACGGCGACGGCAAGAUCUCGUCGGCGGAGCUCGCCGAUGUCCUCGAGAGCCUCGGCGGCCAGCGGCCCUCCGAGGAGGAGCUCGGCCGCAUGAUGCGCGAGGCCGACGCCGACGGCGACGGGUUCAUCUCCCUCGCCGAGUUCGUCGAACUCAACACCAGCCCCCCGGCGGCCGUCGAGGAGGACCUCCGCCUCGCCUUCGCCGUCUUCGACCUCGACCGCAGCGGCGCCAUCUCCGCCGACGAGAUCGCCCGCGUCCUCCGCGGGAUCGGCGAGGGCGCCUCCGUCGCCCAGUGCCGCCGCAUGAUCGACGGCGUCGACCUCGACGGCGACGGCCUCAUCAGCUUCGAGGAGUUCAAGGCCAUGAUGACCGCCGGGGGAUGCAACGCCCAGGCCUUCGCCGCCUUUGCCGCCGCGAAGUAGGCGGUGGAGUUCUCCAAUCGAACCAAUCUGGAUCCACGAGGUUCCCCUCUCUGUCUCUCUCUCUCAUCUUCUUUAGCCCUAAAAGAAAAUUCGACGCGGUCCAGCCCUAUAAUCGAAGGUGAUGCCUUCUAAUCGACCGUCAGAUGUAGAUCUGACGGUGUAGGCUGGAAGAUGGUUGCUGGGAAAGAUGAAUUAAUUGUAUAUAACGUGGAUCCUCUCUUUUAAUUCCAACGAACAUAUUCAUAUCA